CAGCACUUUAAUUUUGGGCCAUCACUGAAUUUGAUUGCUGCCCCAAAUGGAUCAGGAAAGAGUAGCAUAGCAAACUCAUUGGCUUUCGUUUUUAACGGGACCACAAAGACCGUUGGUAAAUCCAAAUCUAUAGCUGAUUUUAUUCGUUCUGGGACUACAAAAGCGGAAAUUGAGUGUGUUAUUUACAAAGAGAACAAAUUAUCUCAUGUUUUAGAUGCUACUGAAGAAUCCUUGGGUAAAAAGCAAAGAUUCUCACGGUUUUGUGGACCAAACUAUAUUCAUUUAAAACGGAUUAUCACUCCAGAUCAAAAAUCCCAAAGUUCCUAUUUUAUUGAUGGAAAGCCAGUGGAUCAGAAAUCAUAUUUAGAUUUUGUUGCCUCUUGCAAGAUUGACUGUAACAAUCUUACAAAUUUCUUGCCCCAGGAAAGAGUUUCAGAGUUUACUCAGAUGACCGGUGUAGAGCUUUUUAACGAGGUUUAUAGAAAUAUGAUUAUUGAUCACUCUGAUUCUCAAGAUGGGUUAAUGGAUCCCAAGAAGCUAAAUCAUUUGAUUGACGAACUGGAGAAGCUACAGGAGGCAAUUGAAAUCAAGUCAAUUGAGAUUCAAUCCAAGUCAAAACAGCAAAACAUCAUUGAUUCUGCGAUUCUCACAUUACAAUCUGAAAUGGAGAAAUUCAAAAAAUUUGAAGAAAAUGAGAAGCAAAUUAGAUUGUUGAGAUUUAAGAAAUCAAGAAUUUCUUACGAAGAAGCCAAGGCUAGAUAUUUGGGUUAUAAAAAUGCAAUUCAAGUUUCCACAGAAAAACAGAAAAUCAAUUCCAAGGAAAUUGUAGAGCUUGAAAAUGUGAUUUCAGAGCUGGAAAAAGAGCCUAAUUUACAAAGAUAUAAAUCAGGAGAAAGGAUUUUACUGGCCCAGAACAGCAAAAUAGAGGAUAUUUGUAGACAGAUUAAAAACUUUACGAUGGAAAUAGAAGUAAAACUAUCUGAAAAAGCCAAAGUAGAAAAGAAAAAUCAAGUAAUUAGAAAAGAAAAUGAGAAUCUAAAGAAACAGCAAGCAGAGAAUUCCGUUCAAAAGAAAGAAAUUGAAGCUCAAGUAUUAAACACUUGCAUGGAAAUUCUUUCAAACUUGAAGAAUCCCAAUAGUUAUGGAGAUUUGAUUCCAAUGGAGUCGUUUAGUUGUUUGGCAGAGAUAUCUAAGCUGGAGGACAAAGUCAAAAAGCUCUUUGAUGGCCCUGCACUCAGGAAUCUAAAUAUCAUUGUUGCAGAAAUCGAAGCAGUCAUCCCAUCCACAAGACCUGUAAUGGCAAUCAUUCACAGUUUUGAUGAUGAGAACAGAAAAAUACAGCAGAAGAGUAAGGAUCUGCAGUAUAAAAUACAAGAUUUGGAGAGGCAAAAGCAGGUUUAUUCACAUGAAAAAAACAAAAGGAUGGAGAUGCUUAGAAAAUUUCAUCUUGAUACCUAUAAGGCUGUUCAGUAUUUGAGGGAAAAUGAUAUGGGGAUUGAGUUUUUAGAACCUUCAUUUUUGCAUCUAAAUAUUCACAAGGAUUAUUCUGAUGAAAUCGAAAAUAUCUUGGGAUUUCAGGUUCUCUCCUCGUUUAUUGUAUUUGAUCAGCAAGACUUAUUAAAACUGGCCCAUAAGUUGAAAGAUGAACUGAAACUUUCGAUAAAUUUUAUUCAGAUUAAAAGAAAUGCUGUAGACUAUUAUAUCCCAAAUGAUCUUCCUGGUCAGCUGAAUUUCGAUGGGUAUGCCAUUGAUUUUAUUAUAGCUAGUAAGGAGUAUAAGCAAAUGUUUUGUACCUAUGCAUUUCUGCAUACAAUUCCAGUAUCCAAAAGAGAAGUAAAUGAAGAAGAGAUUUUUAAAAAAGUUACAAACUGCCAGAAGAUUGUUGCAAAUGGCAGAAUGAUACAGGUGAUCAAGAACAUAUAUAACUCAGAAUGCAUCCAUAAUGCAUAUAUUUUAAAGAAGCGUGGACUUUUCCAGCUUUCUGUAGACUUAAACAAUAUUGACAAUACAUUGAAUCAAUUUAAUGUAGAUAGAAAAAAUGCAAAAAUACAGUUGGAGGAAUUAUUAGGAAAAAGACAGAAGUAUGACGAUGCAAUGAAGAGUAUGAUUAGUACCAAUAUUACAAAGCUUGAGCAAGACUUGCUACAGUUGCUCAGCAUCGAAGAUAUCCCAACAGUUGAUAUUGAUAAGAUGAGAGAGGCAAAACUGGAGUAUGAAAAUGCUCUGAGACAGAUUGGAGUAAAAAGAAUGCAGAAACGUGACACUGAUGAUGAAUUAUCAAGUUUGAAGAAUCAAAAGGAGAUUUAUAAAGCUACAGCUGGGGAUCUCAGUAAGGAGCUUGAAUCUAUGCAGCAGGCAGAACAUGAAAGAAAACGACUACAUGAAAACACUCAAACAUUUACGUUUGAUAAGAAAACAAGAAACGACCUAUCAAAAAAUUUCUACGAUGAAAUUUCUGACUUGCCCAAUGAUUUGAUAGAUAUCUCAUCACAAAUAAACUCACUCACUUCUCAGAAUAUGCUUUUAGAUUCCAAAGGACAAAUUCGAUCUGAGUUUAAAAGGAAAGAGUUUGAAUUUAAUAAGGUCAAGUCUACGAAGCUUAUCACAGCGCACAUUUACAAGUAUUUAACCCCAGUGAACGAUAGAUUUAAAUCACUGUUUGAGAAAUUUGGAUUUCAAGGGGAGGUUAAGCUCUGCUUUGCAUCAAAAGAUGAUGGUGAAGAUGGAGAGACCAAUAUGGAUGAGGGAAGUGCAAAGGAUUUAGAUUCUAAGUUUGAGAAGUCGCUUGCUAAGUCUAUUGAAGAAUACAGAAGUGGCAGUUUUGCUUUAAGCAUUUAUGUAAAAUUCAGAGAAAAAGAAAUGAUGCAGAAAUUAUCAUCGACAAGACAUUCCGGAGGAGAGAAGAGUGUAAGUACGGUUUUAUUUCUUUUAAGCUUACAAAGUUCUUCUACGCCAUUUAGACUAGUUGAUGAGAUUAAUCAAGGAAUGGAUCAACAUAAUGAAAGAAAGGUAUUCGAAGUUUUAAAGGAUAUGGCAAGCUCGUCACAAUUUUUCAUCAUUACUCCUAAACUGAUUGAGAAUCUUGAGUUUUCUGAUCAAACAAGAGCCAUAGUACUUUAUUCCAGCCAAGGCAUAAAACAGUUGGAGGAAUAUGCGAAUUCCAAACUAAUAAAUAAC